AUGAAGCUGAGACCUACUUGGCCCACUCUGUGUUACCUCAAAGGACCGGCUUUUGGCCACUUUGCUGGAAGUCCAAACCCUUCAGGCCUUCAACAUCAGUUUUUAAAAAUUGUCAACAUGAAGGCCUUCAUCGUUCUGGUUGCCCUGGCUCUGGCCGCUCCUGCUCUUGGUCGCACCAUGGACCGUUGCUCCCUGGCCCGCGAGAUGUCCAACCUGGGCGUUCCUCGUGACCAGCUGGCCCGCUGGACCUGCAUUGCUGAGCACGAGAGCUCCUACCGCACCCACGUGGUUGGACCCACCAACUACAACGGCUCGAACGACUACGGCAUCUUCCAGAUCAACGACUACUACUGGUGCGCUCCCCCCUCUGGCCGCUUCUCCUACAACGAGUGUGGCCUGAGCUGCAAUGCCCUGUUGACCGACGACAUCACCAACUCCGUGCGUUGCGCCCAGAAGGUGCUCAGCCAGCAGGGAUGGUCUGCCUGGUCCACCUGGAAAUACUGCAGUGGCUCCCUGCCCUCCAUCGACAGCUGCUUCUAAGCUGAUCUUGACCGCGAAUAAAAAAUGAUUGCAUAAACAGA